AUGGCCAUUCCCAGGGUGCUCAACUCCAACACGCCCCUCAUCAUCGUCACCGGAGAGUCCGAGCCCUCCUUCCUCAGUAAACAUGAAGUCCACCCAGGUGGAGAGGCGGAGGAGGAGGAAGAGGAGGAGGAGGAGGAGGUCUCGCUGGUCCAAGCCAUCGGCCCCCAUCUGAGCCGGGUCAUGCAGCAAGGGACCGCCACACAUGUGGCCGAAAGCCAAACGUCCCCCCAUCAGGACCCUGCAGUCUCCAUCGUGGCUCAAGCUGAGAGUGAAGACUUCCAGGAGUUCAGUCCUUCCAACACGCAGUGCCCGUUUCCACGAUCGCAGCUCUUCCUGAAGCGAAGGUCUCUGGGUAAAGAAGUCUUUUUCCUGAGCGACACUGAGGAUGAAGACUUUGAUGACUCGCCCGUCCUCCCACAUUAUCACCUCCAGAGGAAACAGCGGCGGAAAGCGGGCCGGCGUCCGGAGGACGGCGAGCAGCGGCCGAUCAUCAGGGGUCUGUGGGUUCAGGAGGUCGACUGGCUGAAAUCCUCCGACAGAGACAGCGCCUGGUCCGUGGACAUCAUCCCUCCUCCUCCUCAGUUCACUGACUCCAAUCCGAUGGAGGAGUGCGGUGGUGUCGGGGGUUCGGAGGACGACACGCCGUCCAGCUCCGAGGACUCGGACCGCAGCCUGGACUCCGUCCACACUCACGAGAGCGAGUCGGACUCCUCCUGCACCACGCCACUUUCAACCCUGGAGCUCAUGCACGUGUCCUCCUCCCAUCCAGACCUGGAUUCAGACUCCUCAGGGUGCGAGCAAGGCAUGCUGGGAGAUCCAGACCAUGCCCACAGCGCUGAAGACACAUGGCGGCCCGCUGCCGUCUCCAAGGCGACAGCCUUGAAGACGGCAGUUGAAGAACUGAGGGGCAAAGUGACGCAGAUCCCCAAGACCCUGGUCUCAGCUGGGUUUGGAGGCUUGAUCAGGCGGAUCCUGAACGGAUGGAAAACCACAAAUCCAACCAACGAGGGACUCCUGUUCCACCACCGCCUCCAGCCCAGCGGCGGAGCGUACCGGGAGGGCGAGCACUACAGCGUCCUCCAGCACAUCCAGAACGGGUCGUACGGAGACGUCUUCUGCGUUCGGGACAAACGCUCCGGAUUCAAAUGCGCCGCCAAGAGGAUUCCGCUGGGCGCCUUCAGCGGCGAGGAGGUGAGCACGUGGAGCGGUCUGGACUCUCCCGGAGUGGUGGAGCUGUUCGGGGCCGUGAGGGAAGGCCCGAAUGUCGUCCUCUUCAUGGACCUGAAGCCCGGCUGCCUGGGUCAGCUGCUGAAGGAGAUGAGCUGCCUGCCUGAAGACCUGGCGCUGCACUACCUCCACCAGACACUAGGGGCGCUGCAGCACCUGCACCACAGGAAGGUGCUGCACCUCGACGUCAAAGCGGACAACGUGCUGCUGUCUGCAGACUGCAGAGACUCCUUCCUCUGUGACUUUGGCCUCGCUCAGACUUUAGAUGAUGGCGGACAAAGCAGCAAGGCAUUCAGAGGUCCUGGUUUCCCGGGCACAGAGACCCACAUGGCCCCCGAGGUGGCCCGAGGAGACCGUCUGAGUGCCAAGGCCGACGUGUGGAGCAGCUGCUGCAUGCUGCUGCACAUGCUGAACGGUCACCAGCCCUGGACACGCCUGUACUGCCACCCCCUGUGCCUGCAGAUCGUCAACGAGCCGCCCCCUCUCUGGGAGGUCCCGUCCAACUGCAACAACUUCACAGCCAAAGUGUUCAGAGCCGGGCUCCAGAAAGACCCCCUGAGACGAGCCACGGCCUGGGAGCUCCAGAGGAAGACCACCAAGGCCCUCAGAGCAGUUGGAGGUUUGAGUCUCUGGUCGCUCAAAGCCGCCUGUGAGACUCUGCGUCGUGUCCAGACCCAGACCGAAGACGCCCCCCGCUCCUUGACCCCUGUGGACCUGAACGAAGUGUCCCCCACCGCCUCGGCGCCGGCCAUGUACUGGGUGAGUCCCUGGAGGACCACGGCGGUGGAUGAGGACUCGGACCGGGACCAGGACACGGACGACCUGACGGCAGAGUGGGACUCAGAGCCCAAAUCUCUGCGGGACGACUACACCACAGAAGACUGGCUGAGCGGCUCCGAGUCGGAGGUGGACAUCUACAUGGGAGAGGAGGAGUGGCUGAAAACUGACCGGGACUAUGAGGAGGACGAGGACGAGGUCGACGGGGAGGACUGGGACUCGCUGGAGUCCACAGAGUAUCUCCGAGCUCUCAGAGGACAUUUCCCUUUGCUGCACAAAGGCCAGCUGAUGAAGGAAGCCUCAUGGGGAUCAGAAGAAGAGCUGGAACUCCUUCGAGACGAUGUAGCUCUGGGCACCACGAUGCAGAGCCCCUCUCCCGAGCCUCGAGACGACCCCCCGUCCUGCUUCAGCUGCUCGGAGACGUCCCAGCUGGACGCCUCGGAGACGGACUCCGACCGAUCAUCCGACGACCUCAGCUCCGGCGUUUUUUCCUCCUGCAACAGUCAGACGGACGCACGCGUGGAGUGGACGGCUUCGACCAAUCAGCCGUCCUCAUACUGCUUCGAGGGGGUUGACAUCUGGAUCGAGAACGUUCAGGGCGAGUGUCUGAGGAUUCGAGAGCGGCGCCGGGUCAAAGUGGGACACGUCGCCAUCGGGAUCAGUGACCAGAUCUCAGGGAAAGCCUUCACUCUGGAGACCCUGGACAGGAAGACGGUGCCCUUCGAGCAGGAGAUCAAGCAGUCGGGUUUGUGGCUCCGCUGCGUUCCCGCCCCGGACCGAUGUCAGCGCUGGAGGUGGAGAGUUCAGGACGGCAAGCUGGAACUACGAGAAUGAAUCGGGGCUUUAACUAUUCCUCCUUCUCCUGAAGCUCCGGAUGCACCUGAGGGGUUCACCUGCAGGAUUCACCUGCUCUGCUGCCGUGUAGAGUCUG